GAGUGUUAUUAUUCCGGAAUGGGCUCUCUGUUUCGGAGUGAGGAGGUGUGUUUGGCCCAGCUGUUCCUGCAGUCCGGCUCGGCUUAUGAGUGCAUUAGUGAACUCGGGGAGCUCGGACUGGUCGAGUUCAGAGAUCUCAACCCGAGUGUUAACGCCUUCCAGCGCAAGUUCGUCAACGAGAUCAAGAGAUCAGAGGAAAUGGAGAGGAUUCUGGGAUAUCUUCUGAGAGAGAUCAAGAAAGCAGACAUCGCUCUGCCUCAGGACGAGGUGAACCCCGUGGCUCCGCUGCCUAAACAUGUGAUGGGAAUUAUGGAGCAGCUUCAGCGGCUGGAGCUGGAGCUCAGCGAGGUCAUGAGGAACAAAGAGAAGCUGCAGAAGAAUCUUCUGGAACUGACUGAAUAUUCACACAUGCUGCGCAUCACACGCAACUUCGUCCACCGCACCGCCGAGCAGAGAGAACCGAUGCGCGCUCAGUAUGAAGAGUUUCCUUUCCUGGAGAUAGACUCUGCGAUGGACUACGCCAGCAUGCAGAGACUCGGGGCCAAGCUCGGGUUUAUCUCGGGCCUGAUCGCGAGCGUGAAGAUCGAGGCGUUUGAGCGCAUGCUGUGGCGAGUGUGUAAAGGUUACACCAUCCUGAGCUACGCCGAGAUCGAGGAGAGCCUGGAGGACCCCAACACGGGCGAGCCCACCCGAAGCGCCGUGUUCCUCAUCUCCUACUGGGGCGAUCAGAUCGGACAGAAAGUGAAGAAGAUCUGCGACUGCUACCACUGCCACCUGUACCCGUACCCUAACAGUAACGAGGAGAGGAACGACGUGGUCGAGGGUCUCCGCACGCGCAUUCAGGACCUGCACACCGUUCUUCACCGGACGGAGGAAUACCUGAGGCAGGUGUUGAACAAGGCCUCGGAGUCUGUGUACACGUGGGUGAUCCAGGUGAAGAAGAUGAAGGCCAUCUACCACAUCCUCAACCUGUGCAGCUUCGACGUCACCAACAAGUGCCUGAUUGCGGAGGUGUGGUGCCCCGUCAACGACCUUCCUGCCCUCCGGAGGGCGCUGGAGGAAGGCUCGAGAAAAAGUGGUGCAACGGUUCCUUCGUUCGUCAAUCGCAUCCCCAGUAACGACACUCCGCCCACGCUCAUACGGACCAAUAAGUUCACCUCCGGAUUUCAGAACAUAGUGGACGCCUACGGAGUCGGCAGCUACAGGGAGGUGAACCCAGCUCCGUACACCAUCAUCACGUUCCCCUUCCUGUUUGCUGUGAUGUUCGGAGACCUCGGCCACGGGCUCAUCAUGGCCCUCUUCGCCUUCUGGAUGGUCCUGUAUGAGAAGGACCGCAAACUGAAGAAAACCAGAAACGAGAUCUGGAACACGUUUUUCGAGGGACGCUACAUCAUCCUGAUGAUGGGGAUUUUCUCAGUGUACACCGGCUUCAUCUAUAACGACUGUUUCUCCAAGUCGCUGAAUCUGUUCGGCUCCGGGUGGAGCGCCAAAGCCAUGUUCGACCAGGGACAGUGGCAGAUGGAAACACUACACUCGAACAGCUUCCUCACACUCGACCCGAACGUUACUGGGGUGUUUAACGGGCCGUACCCCUUCGGCAUCGAUCCGAUUUGGAACCUGGCGUCAAACCGGCUCACCUUCCUGAACUCGUAUAAGAUGAAGAUGUCCGUGAUUCUGGGGAUCGUUCACAUGAGCUUCGGCGUCGUCCUGGGCGUCUUUAACCACCUACACUUCAGGAGGAAGUUCAACCUCUACCUGGUCUUCCUGCCCGAGCUGCUCUUCCUGCUCUGUCUCUUCGGCUACCUGGUCUUCAUGAUCGUCUACAAGUGGUUGUCCUUCACGGCGCGAGACUCCCAGCGAGCUCCCAGCAUCCUCAUCCACUUCAUUAACAUGUUCCUCAUGCAGGGAGGCUCGGGACAGCCGCUCUACACGGGACAGACAGGACUGCAGGUGUUCCUGUUACUCGUCGCUCUUCUCAGUGUUCCUGUGCUGCUGCUGGGGAAACCGCUCUACCUCUACUGGCUCCAUAAGGGCAGGAAUCGACUGGGCAUGUACAGGGGAUAUGAGCGUGUACGGCGCAGCAGUGACGAGGAGAUCUCGCUAAUGCGCGCCCACGAUUUAGAGGAAGGCACCAGCCUGGACAGUCACUCCAGCAGUUCAGACAGCCAAUCAGAAGAGUUUGAUUUCGCGGAUGUGUUCCUACACCAGUCAAUACACACGAUCGAAUACUGCCUGGGCUGCAUCUCCAACACCGCGUCCUACCUCCGACUGUGGGCUCUGAGUCUGGCACACGCACAGCUGUCGGAGGUGCUGUGGGCGAUGGUGAUGCGCGUCGGGCUGCGUGUAGACAACGGCGUCGGAGUGCUGUUCCUUGUCCCCGUGUUCGGCUUCUUUGCCGUCCUGACCGUCUCCAUCCUGCUGGUGAUGGAGGGAUUGUCCGCUUUCCUGCACGCGCUGCGCCUCCACUGGGUGGAGUUUCAGAAUAAAUUCUACAGUGGCGCUGGAACCAAGUUUUCGCCGUUUGCCUUCUCUCUCCUGCACACGAGCUUCGAGAGCGAAGGAUUGCUCUGAACACUGUGACUCUCGCUCGCUCGCUCUGCUCGGAAGAGCGAGCUUUACUGAAGUGCCAGAGCGAUCUGUCACAGAUCGAAGCCGCAAUACUGUAUAAACUUCUCCUUUUAUUGUGUGUAUAUAGAGAGUGUUGCACUGACUUGCCUUAAAACUCCAGCCAAAUCCUGAGACUGUGAACGAGGUUGCCUCAUGUAGGACGUUCAUUUUAAUCACCGCCUUCUAAUGUCGUCCACCUCCUGAGCUGCUUGAAAGUUCCCUCCGGCUUUCAAACAAGAAAAAAAAAACAUUUAAACCCAAACAAGCACUCUUAUAAAAACACUGUUUGCAUGCACACCUAGCUACAGCUAGCUUGCACCGCUUGGUUAAAUAGCUACAAUCAUUGCUAAGUAGAAAGAAUCCUCACUUAAAUUAAUCCUGAAAGCUGUGCAACAUUAAUCUUUUUUUUUUAAAUAUAUUUUUUAAUGAAACGCAGGGUUACGCAAUGCUUUACGUUUUUAAAAUGCUACUGGAUACAGAUACAAACUACUAAACGUGCUGAAUCUGUACUUGAAUCGUCUUAUUAUAGUCUUUGAAUUAUAGUCAGAGUGAUCUUUAUUUUUCUUCAAAUAAACAUUUUUGCUAUUUUUACUUUUAUUUUUUUUUUUAACGUCUGCACCGAAUAUUCUCCGUAUCCUCGUGGCGCCUCUACAAAGCGCAUUUUUUCGGAUGUAGAUUUUCAGCCUGAAAGCCGGCUGGUGAAGGAAUUUUUAAGCCCAGGAGUGGGAGGAGUCUGAGGCGCACAUUGAUGACAUCAGAUGGCAGUGAUUGCGUGAAAGGAAAACUCCAGGGAGGGAAAAAAAAAAUGAAUGUCGAUCCAUGAACAUCUCCUACUUAUUACCUUUAAAUCAUCUUCUCCAUCCGAGUCGUCGUACACAACAAAUAUCACUGAUUUAACUGAGUUCAUCUUCAGGUUGCUUUAAUGAUCAAAUUCAUUUUAGAGCAAAUGUUUAAAAAAUAAAUAAAUAAAUUUUUAAAAAAUCACAUUCCGGACGUUUCUGUCAGAACUUUGCUCAUGUGCUGUACGUGACGUCUGGCCUAUAGCGCGUUCGAAUCUAAUGUGUGAAUUCAUUUUUCAUCUGACGUUGGAAGGUAAACACAUGAUAUUCUCACUGUUUAAGUGGUUAAAAUUGUGUGAACACUGUUGCCAGGCAACAGGGAAUUACGGACCAUGAGCAUAAGGUAGCUAAUUACAUGUUUAGCUAGCUUAUACAGUAUGUCGGUCAUCAUUUAUACAGAAAGUGUAAAGAUAGUGAUGGUGAAAAUGAUGCAGAAAUGUUCAGAAUAUCAACAUUUCCCUCAGAUGUGUUGAUAAAUUGCUAAAAAAAAAAAAAAAGAACAAAAGAAAAAAAAAAAAAGACUCCAUAUGACCAAAAUUACUCUUAGCAUCAACCGCUAGCUAAACUCAGUAUGGGAGAUUUUUCUAAAAUUGUGAAUGGUCCAUGUGGAAUUCUUACGAGUCCGUUUUUAAUGAAAAAGCAUCUCAUGUGUUUGCUUUCCCAUGAUGUAAUGUUGUAAGAACGCUGUUGCUAGGCAACUGGAAAAUAUAGACACCUCAUAUAAGCUAGUUAAUGACGAAGUACAAGACGCAAUCUUUCAUAUGAACAGUGUAAAGGUAUAGCGAGACUGUGAAAAUGACACAAAGUUCUCGGGAAAACGUCAACAUUUUCCUCAGAUGUGUUGAUAAAUUCUCAAGAAAAGAUUGCGUAUGAAUAAAAUUAAUUACAGUUAGCAUCGAUCGCUAAGCGAACUUUAUACAUUCGGUUUUCUCGCUACGGUGAAACUGUCACUGUUCAAUUAACGGUCAAUGCUAAGUGUAAUUACAGUGUCAUUUUAGUCAACGUUGCGACUUUUUUUCAACGUAGAUAGACAAACUUGUAAUUACAGUAACUGUUGCUAGGCAACAGGGACAUAUAGAUGCCUAUUAAAGACUAGUAUAUGCUCGGAAUGUCAACAUUUCCUUCAGAUGUGUUGGUGAAUUACUGGGAAAAGGCUCAGAGCAACUAACAGAACACUGUAAUUACACUUAGCAUCCACCGCUAACCAAAUUUAUGUCGUAAUUUUAAUCGAUGUUGUGUCACAACUUAAAGAUAACAGAAGAUUUUUACUUUUGACGACACAUUCUAUUGAAACGGAACCGAAUCCGUGAACGUUGGUAGCUGAACAAACGACACACUCGCCAUUCACAUCGUUAUAGUGAGAACGCUGUUGCUAGGCAACUGGAAAAUAUCGAUGCUAAGCGUCUAGCUAAUGACGAAGUCUAAGACAGUCUUUUAUAUGAACGGUGUAAAGUAACUAAAGUAAUGAAAAGAAAAACUCAGGGAUAUCAACAUUUACCUCAGAUGUGUUGGUAAACUAUUAAUAAAAAAACUCAGUACGGCUAAAAUUACACCGUAAUUAUAUUAGCAACGAUCGCUAAGUGAACUUCUGCCAUAUUGGAUUUCGCUAUAUUGAGAAAUCGCUACUUGUCAAGUAGCUUAAGCGUGAGGUAUUAAUAUAGACACUUCUCGUAAACUCAGUAAUGCUGAAUCGUGUUUAGCGUAAUUUAUGAAAUUAUUCUUCGAAAGUCAACAUUUUUUGUAAAAUGUCGGACGUUCCAGUGAAACCCAUUGAAGUUUGGUUAGCUAUCAACGCUAAGAGUAAUUACGUUGUAAUUUUCCUCCUUUUCCUUUUUUUGGUAAUUUACCAACGUCGACAUUCCUGAGAAUUUUGUCUCGUUUUUAUCAUCCCUUUUCCUUCACCUUGCGUGUUUAAGACAUGUCGAUGUGCUAGCUAAAUUGUUAGAUGUAGUUAUUAGGUCAGUAACAUAGGUUGUUGACGUGUGUAACUGUGACAGUUGCUUAGCAACAAUGUUCUCACAACUUCAGUGAGGGUUUCAUGUUUUUGUAUUUGUGCCUUUACAUGUUGAAAUUUUGCGAAUUGCGUACGAACGCACCAUUAUGUCGCCGUUUCUGGAGAAUUUUUUCGUUUUAGCUACAUGUUGCCUGUUUUUUUUUUUUUUUUUUUUUUUUUUUUUUUUUUUAAGGUGAACUGCACAUUCCAGAAGUGGCUUUAAGAGAGACUAGUGUAUUUUUUAUACGUAAUUUCCUACGAUUAUCCUACGUAUUAAGGAAUCGGGUCCGUGUUGGGAAAGGUUUUGUGUCGAACACCAGCGAUGUUUCGUCAUCUAGAGAAGCAAACGCUUUUUUUUAAUUUACUAGCGUAAUUUUUCGUAUGAUUUCAAUUUUUUUGGUAAAACACUAAAAACUUCGUUGUUGAUUUACUAAAAACCACAGCAGCAGGGUCUGUUAGCUUUAGUUAGCUUUAGUCAACCUUGACGCUGAACAUAAUAUUUGUUUGUCGAUCAGAGAAGAUCCUUAAACAUGAAACAAUCAUGAGUUUAAAUUAAACCGCAUCUCUAUUGUUUCGUUUUCGCCAAAUGAGAAACUCGUGUUUUUCGAAUUUCUUUUAUUGCCCCUGAAGUAUUAACACAAAUAAUAAUAAUAAUAAUAAUAAUAAUAAUAAUAAUAAUAACGAAAGCAUCUUCUCCAUCUUCUGCCUGAUCAGUUUCCUGAUGGUUUUCUUUAAAGACAUCUAUAAUGUUGUUUUUGUGUGUGUGUGUGUGUGUGUGUGUGAGAAUUUCACUCCUUUAUCCAUUCCACUUACAGAUUUUAGAUUAUUUAUUGAAUGUAAUUAAACCCGGGUUUGGUUGGUGUUAUUUGAAAGCGCUUUAUAUUCCCGUCUUUACGGAUUUGGAUUUUUUUUUCUCCUUCAAAACAAAUCUUGAGUUGAUUUAAAAUGUCUGAUUUUGAAAAUAAAUGUUUUAUUUUCUGGAAAUCUUGUUUUUGUUUUGUUUCGUUGAUUCUACUUGUGUGAGAAAGUAUUGAAUUAUUGAUUUUCAUUGAAAUGGACUUUUAUUUUGUGGAAAAACCUCAACAAUAGAUGAAUCAGAGAAAUUGGUGUUUUUUUUUUUUUUAGCGUUUUGCAUGAUCAUAUCUUUAUAUCCUUGCUUUAGAUGACUGUUAUUUUCUGUAAAAUUAUUUGUAAAUAAUAAAAUGACUUAAAUUACAAUAAA